AUGAAAACCAAUUCCAAAUGGAAGAUCUUAUUUUACUAUGCAGGUGCAAAGUAUGUGUUUGACCGGAAGGGCUUUAGAAAGCUGCUGCAUCAAGAGCUGAUGUCAGGUUGUUACGACAUAUUGUACCUGCAUCUUGGCUCUAACGAUGUUUGCUGCAAGGAUAGCGAUUUCUACCUUUGUGUGACGGAGAUCCUUGAUGUUGUAUUCAGUGUGUGCACUGAAAUACACGUGGUGCUUUGCGUGAUUCUUCCACGUGAUUUUGAUGUGAGAAUGUUUCCCCGAUGGCCACUCUCAGGGGCACAGUUGAGGAACUACUGCCAGUGGAUAAGGAGCGCAAACAGCAUGCUGUGGGAACUGAGUCACCAUGUGCCUUCUGUGAGAUACAUGGACUAUGGAGCAACUAAACAGAAGUCCCUGUACUUGUCCCAUGAUGGACUACAUCUGAGUGCUGAAGGGGCUAGGAGGUGUUUAGCAUCCAUACAGGACGACCUGCCAAACCAGCUGUGUGUGGAGGCUGCUGUUCAAGAUCCUACAGAAUGGCCAGCUCUCUCAGCCACGGAAGUACCGGUUCAGGAGCAUGACAGCACCAUAGCACUCUUUUCGGAUAUUGUGCAGACUGGAGCUCAACCAGAGAUUCAAGACAAGGUGGAUGCAAGUGAAGUACCAGUUCCCAGGGACAUUAAGCCUCAGACACAUAAAAUAACGGUUGUCACAGCCAGAGCUAAGAGGUCUGCAACCAGAAAUGUCAAAGGUAUGGAAAGAAGGUCAUGCUGCAGUGGAUUUAUUUACCUUGACAUUACUGAAGAUGUGGCUGUUUUCCUGCCUGCAUACAAGUUGAAUGGCUUAUGCUUGAAACGCAAGAAGAUGGAAGUCAAGACUGGUAAGGUUAAAAGGGAGAAACCUACCAUGACGAAAAAGAAGAACAAACAGGUCCCUUGCUACAAUUGCCCAAACUGCAGGGUGUGCUGUUCAUCUGAAGAUGCCCUGCUCGACCAUUUUAUAACGAAGCAUUCAUCGUGGAAAGUUGAUAGGCCUGACACACUUUUCAAUCAGGAAGAUGAAAUCAACGUGCCAUCCAACAUCCAUUGCCACCGAGACACUGAAGAGACGCCCCAACAAGAUGACAACGCCGCAAAUGAAGAUCAAGUCAAUGUGCCAUCCCACUUCUUUUUCCAACGAGACACUGACGAGACGCCCCAACAAGAUGUAGACACUUCACAGCUUCUUCUUAUUCUUUCAAAUGACGUUGAACUUAACCCUGGACCGAUAUUCCAGACAAUACCGGUCCCUGUGGAAGCGGUUGACUCAAGCGAGAAGAUGACGAUAAUUACAGUGAAAAUGGACUGACCAUACACGAAAGACAAAGGACAUUAAAUAUUUACACAAAUUUUGCACCUGUAAAAUGUGACAUUCAUAUACGUGAAUGCUAUAAUUCAAUUAGUAAGCCAUGCAGAAUUCUUUGGGAUGAAGGGGACUUAGAUUGUUUACAUGUAUUAAGUAGGGAUACAGCAGCAGGAGAUGAAAUAGGGUGGGAUUUUGUAUCUAUGGUUAUGAAUUCUAGUUGCACUUUUUCCUCUUACUGCCAGUUUAAAAAUGAGAUGUAUAAAACUCGCCACAAUAAGGCUAGGUUUAUGGAUCAAACAGUUUUUUUUAAUUUUUGGUUCAGUUGGGCUUCAAACAUGAAAAUAGAUUUCCAUAUACCCUGUGGUGUAUGUGGUUAUGGUC